GUCCGGUUACGCUUGUUUCUCAUUUUCUCCUACUGAUUGGAUUGCAUCAUCAUUUGCACUGAUUACAUUGCAGUUCACUUGGGUUACCAUUUAUUGGAAUGUAAGAACAUGGCCUUUGACCAUUUUCAAUGAUUUUCUCCGAAGUCUGAUGACUGCUGGACUGAUCAAUGAUCAUGAUCUGGAUCGUAGUGUUAGUGCCUAAAUGAAAUCACCUUUUUUGAAUUUUGUGUUUGGAAAUGUAAGCUAUUUUGGCUGAAGAAAUUGAAAUAAUUGCAACCAGUUAGGUUGUUGUUGAGCUGAUAAGCAUCAGUGCUGCCAGAUUUUUAGAAUUUUCAUAAGCUGGAGGAUUUCAACCUCUACGAUGCCGCGGAUCCGGCAAAUGCGCGGAGGCCGGCGGGUGGAGAGCCACCCGACCCGUGUGUCGGUGGGAACUGUCUGCCGACACCCGCACCACUUCUGCCAGAAGGAGUGUCUGGAGGGAUUCAGCUUCUGUUCGGCGCACAUUCUUGAGGAUCGGUCGGCGCCCUACCGGCCAUGUGCGUUCGUUUACAGCAAUGGAAGGAAGUGCGGCACGCCCGUCCCCAAGAAGGACAGCACCUGCAAAAAGUGCGGCGGGAGCUCGCAUGGCUCGAAGAAGGGGUCGCCGGCGUCGCUGCUGGCUCGUUUGGAAGGACCAGAGGCAUUCUUCAUGCAGUGCCAGGACCACCGGCGCCGCAUCCUGCUGGCCAGGGAGCGAGCUGAGCGCGCCCGGCCACCCAAGGAGUCGGUGGCCGUAGUGGUGGAGCAGAUUCAGCAGAGUAUCGCCUCUGCCGCCGCCGCCGGCCCGCCGGGGUCCACCUCCGGUGCCGGACCGUCGUCAACAGGCGAGGGCUGGGAGGCGGCCCAGCGCGCGCUCCAGUACGGCUCGGACUCGGAGUCGGGCGAGGGCGAGGCCGAGGGCGACCGGACGGUGGAGGGGCCGCUGGAGCCCUCUCUCAGCUCUGAUGAGUGUCUGAGCGGGCUCAGUGACGACGAACACACCGUGCUGCGACACGCCGGCGUCUACACGGACGACGAGGUGAUUCGUUUGGCGGAGCGUCGCCUGCGGCGUCUGCAGCACCUGUACCUGGGUCAGUUCGAGCGGCUGCAGCACGUGAUGAAGAACAAGCGGCGCGCCUUUCUGCUGGAGGUGGCCCGGGAGAAGGAGGCCAUGAAGAGUAUCAGCGGCGCGCCGCGGGAGACGGUGGCCGAACAGGAGGCCUACGACCUGCUGCGGGCCUACGGCCACCACCAGAAGACGGCGGGCAAGGACUACUGGUUCUGGCAGCAGCGGCUAGAGAAACGCGCCGCCGAGGCGGGCUCGGCACGCACCCGCCCGCUGACCCGCUGUGCCCACGCCGAGGGCAGGGUACGCUGCACACUGCGCACCGUGCCACUCAGCAAGUUCUGCCUCAAACACAUCAUACAGGACCAGCACCAGGUUCUGUUCCGACCGUGCGGUGGCGGAAGCACCGCCGACCCCUGUCCCACGCCAGUGGCUGGCAUCCAGCCUGAGACCAGGUGCAAGCUGCACACGCCGCUGCCGGAGGACGGGCCGGUGCGGAUGCCACAGCCACCGCCCGACCCUGUGGAGACCAUUCUCGGCGAACUCGACGGAGAUGACCUAGCGCUGGACGAAACGCAGAGCGAGUUGGUGGCGAGCAUCGCCAACACGCUGAUGGCCUCGGCCGGCCGGCUGGAGACGGCUGCAGGUGGCGCUAGUGAGCCGCUGCAAGGUGGCGCUGCCGGCGCCGGCUCCAAGUCGGGCUCUGCUGACGGGAGCGGUCAGAGGUCAGAGGUGUCCUCUGAGGUGGACGUCACCGGGGGCACGAGGUCAGGGUCGCCCUCAGAGGGGGCUGAGGUCACUGUGACUGGGUGAGGGAGGAAGCUGGGCAGAUGGUUCGUUGGAUAUGCUGACGCGUAACCGUAGAAGCCUGAAAGGCUCGCUCAUUUCCUUAGAGUGUACUUUUGUAUUGGUAUUUUCGACGAUGCAUUAUGAAGUAUUGUGUAAAUAGCUCAUUUUUGACGAGUGUUAGCUUUAUGUAUUUCCCUGAAAUGUUCACUCCCGAAAAUGAGUAAAUUGCAGUUUAGCGCUUUUGCCUCAAAGUAAGUGCAUGAAAUAUUUAACACGAUCUGAGAAUGGGCAAUUGGGUCAUUAUGUAAUUACAUAAUAACUGAUCAUAGUUUGUUCACCGGCCACAAAACUUUAGCCAUUAUAAUUUCAAGGAGCUAAUGCCAACAUCUCGCCUCUUCUGUGCUUCCGAAACGUGUAUUCCCCUAUAGGCGCCGGCUGUUGAUACUCGUCUUUAUGGGAAACAUCGAUGGCCGUUGUUCUUGGUUCGUUCGAUGAAGUUCUGAGCGAUGUGAAAUGAAUUGCCGGCUAAGUAUUGACAUUUAGUUCUAUUGUUAAUUAUUUGAGUUACCUGUUCAUAAUAUACUGUCUGUAUGACUGGC